CGCCAGCGCGUGGCCUCGCAGCCAGAGACCGCCCUGGCUGCUUCCAGUGCGCUCCAGGUCCUGAGGCGCGGCCCCGCCCAACGUUCUGUCCGCCGGCGCCUCUGUCUCACCUGGACCGUGCCACAGUGACGCUGCUGUCGCGCGCUUUACACCUGCUUAACACUAGGAAGAAAGCGCGCGACGGGAUCGAAUGCUCAGCGGAGCGCGCACUCCCUGUGUGACGACCGCUGCGACAGUGACCUAACGAAGCCCCAACCGCCGCCGUAACUCUACCCGGGCCUUCCUGUGUUCCCCCGGAGCUUGUGCGAGGGCAGUCGGCGGCGGCCCGGACUCGCCCCGAUGGCGGCGGAGGGCGAGGCGGACGUGGAGUGGGUGGUUGACAGCAUCGCCGGCUUCCUGCGCGGGCCCGCUUGGUCCAUCCCCAUCCUGGAGUUCAUGGAGCAGAAGUGCGCGGUUUUUGAUGAUGAAGAAGAAAGCAAGUUGUCCUAUACAGAGAUUCAUCAGGAGUACAAAGCUCUGGUUGAAAAACUGCUAGAAGGUUAUCUUAAGGAAGUUGGAAUUAAUGAAGAGAACUUUAAAGAAGCGUGUUCAUCUCCUCUUGCAAAGUCACAUACGUCACAGGCCAUUUUGCAACCGGUGUUGGCAGCAGAAGAUUUUAGAUUAUUUAAAGAAAUGAUGGUACAGAAAAACAUUGAAAUGCAGUUGCAAGCCAUUAGAAUCAUUCAAGAAAGAAAUGGUGUGCUACCUGACUGUUUGACAGAUGGUUCUGAUGUGUUCACUGAAAUUGAACAACAAGAAAUGAAAAUACUCAGAGAGGUUCUUAGGAAGUCUAAGGAAGAGUAUGAAAUGGAGCAAGAAAGGAAAAGGUCUAAAGAGACACAUGAUAAAUUGAAGUCAUCAGACGUUACAUACAGCUGUCCCGGAUAUUCAAGAGAAGCAAAAGUUAAGGAAUCCACUGAAGAUAUUGAGAGAGUUGGUGAUUUUGAAGAAAUAGCAAAAUUAUCAUUAGAAGAAACAAACAAAUCUACUAAGGAAGAUUUAAGGCCCAUGCAUCCUCUACUAAGAGUGAUAGAACCUCCUCUACAGCCUUCUGAACCUACCAAGGUGAAAGAAGAAAUUAAGAAAAAGGCAACUGGAAAUUGUUCAGAGAAUGCAACAAGAGAAGCUGGGCUUGAGGGAUUUAAUUUAUCAGAGCUUGAACCGCACCGUCUCAGACAACGAGAAGACUAUUUAAAACAGAAGCGAGAUACGCUGAUGGCUAUAAAGGAGUCAAGAAGUAAUCUACCAACACCAAAUAUAGAUCAGAAAGAAGACGCAUUAUCUUCUAAAGAGGAAAUGUCAGAAGAGGAGAAGCAAAGACUACUACUGAAGAGGAGAAUGCUUGCAGAAAAACUUAAAGAAGAAGUUAUUAACAAGCACUAAGUUUUAAGAAUCUCAUUGUAAGAAUACUUGUGGACAAGAAUUGAAUUUCUUUUAGAAUAAAUUAUUUAACCAUAAACUGCUUGCUUUUAAACACAA